GAAGAAAUGGUUAACAAAGCUACUAAGACGAGUAAAGAGUAUGUAGAGGUUGAAAGUGAACCAUUUACAAAAAAACAGGCUUGGGAUUGUCAAUCAAUUCUGAGUACAUAUUCAAACCUUGAAAACCAUCCGACCUUAAUACGCGAACAACCUCAUAAAAAGUCAAAUACAGACCCUGAUGGUAAGAAUUUUCUUAAAAACGAAGAAUCUGAUUCAGAAAGACAAGUUGAAGUUGCAGAAGAUGAAAAUGGUCAAAUAAGAGGCAUACCUAGAUCAAAAAUUGAAUCAAAAGAAGAAAAGAAGCAGAGGAAAGCAAGUGUAAAGGCCGAGAGAAAGACUCGUCGGCUUGAAAAGAAGUCUUUCAAACAAGCUUUCGCUAAAGAACAUUUGAGACAAAACAAGAUUUUUCAAAAUCUUGAAAAAAAUUUG